GAAGUUGCUUCCUGAUUGGUGAAUUGCGUUUGGCGCCAACUGGGAUGGGGGGCGGGGCAGCGGGGGUCCCUUGGAAGCACCUAUUACCGCGAAAAGCCACUUGGCUGCAAAGGAGGGAGGCAAAGGUCGGCUGAAUUCUCUCCGACUCUGGACAGGAGCAAAGGAGUGAGAAACGUAAAGAGUGUGAGCCAGGGCCGUUGCUUCGAGGCUCUCUCUCGCUCCUGCUCUGCGCCAGCCGCGCUGGUGUAGAUUUAGUCUUCGGAUUCCCGCCGCCCGCCUGGCCUCGCGGGUGAGAGCGUCUCGCAGCCGCUGCGUCCCGGAACCGCGGGGUCGCGUUGGGCUUUGAGCCGCUAGCGCGCGGCGGACACCGAGGACGGAGCGGGAGCCGGGGAGGCCGGCGCCGCCAUGGACCUGGGCCCGGAGCCCCCGCACCGCCGCCGCCUGCUCUUCGCCGGCUCCCCCCCUGCUGCGCAGCCCGCCUCCGCCAGGCCUCUGUUGGCCGGGGGGCUGUCGCCUGUCACGACCCUGACGGUCACCAUGGACCGGCUGCAGGGGCUGGGCAGUGAGUGUGAGCAGCCGCCAGAGGUGAAAAACAGCAGUAGUCUGCAAAGAACGGGCUCCUCUGAAUCAACUGACUCAGGUUUCUGUCUGGAUUCUCCAGGGCCCUUGGACAGUAAAGAAAACCUUGGGAAUCCCCUGAGGAGAAUACAUUCCCUACCUCAGAAGCUCUUGGGAUGUAGCCCAGCUCUGAAAAGAAGCCAUUCUGAUUCUCUCGACCAUGACCUCUUGCAGCUCAUUGACCAGGAUGAAAACAAGGAAAACGAGGCCUUUGAGUUUAAGAAGCCAGUCAGACCCGCGUCCCGUGGCUACCUGCACACCCAUGGCCGUGAGGAGGGUAAGGAGCUCUUCACACAGAGGCAGAACUCUGCCCCAGCUCGGAUGCUUUCCUCAAAUGAAAGAGAAAGCAGUGAGCCAGGGAAUUUGGUUCCUCUUUUUAUGCCCCAGUCACCUGUGACAGCCACUUUAUCUGAUGAGGAUGAUGGCUUCAUGGACCUUCUUGAUGGAGAGAAUCUGAAGAAUGACGAGACCCCGUCGUGCAUGGCCAGCCUCUGGACUGCUCCCCUAGUCACCAGAAGAGUGACAAAUCUUGGCAAUCCAGGCAAGCUCGCCGACUCCCCUUCCCCGUGUAGCCCCAGCAUGCGGCCUGUGCUGAAGAGACCUGAGCGGUGGCCGGAGGACUCCCCUCGGGGCAGCGCGAAGCGCAGGAGGAGCACCGUGGGAGCCAGUCCGCAGAAGACGCGGGAGAUUCUGCACCAUUCCUUAUCCCUGGUACCUUCCCCAAAAGGGACCAUCGAGAACAUCUUGGACAGUGACCCCCGGGACCUCAUAGGAGAUUUCUCCAAGGGUUAUCUCUUUCACACAGUGGCUGGGAAGCAUCAGGAUUUAAAGUACAUUUCUCCAGAAAUUAUGGCAUCCGUUUUGAACGGCAAGUUCGCCAACCUCAUUAAGGAGUUUGUCAUCAUCGACUGCCGGUACCCAUACGAGUACGAGGGAGGCCACAUCAAGGGUGCGGUGAACCUGCACAUGGAGGAGGAGGUGGAAGACUUCCUGCUCAAGAAGCCCAUCGUGCCCACUGAUGGCAGGCGCGUCAUUGUCGUGUUCCAUUGCGAGUUUUCUUCUGAGAGGGGGCCUCGCAUGUGCCGCUAUGUGAGGGAGAAAGAUCGCCUUGGCAACGAGUACCCCAAACUCCACUACCCCGAGCUAUAUGUCCUGAAGGGCGGGUACAAGGAGUUCUUCCUCAAGUGCCAGGCUCUCUGCGAGCCCCCCAGCUACCGGCCCAUGCACCAUGAGGACUUCAAGGAGGACCUGAAGAAGUUCCGCAGCAGGAGCCGGACCUGGGCGGGGGAGAGGAGCAAGCGGGAGAUGUACAGUCGCCUGAAGAAGCUCUGAGGGCCACGGCAGCAGCCCGGGCAUCCCUGGCCUCAGCCCUCAUCACGGCAGGGACACUGGAGUAGGGGCCAGUGUUGUGACACUGGAGAGAUGGCCUGGGCUUCCUGCUCAUUUCUGCUCCCACACUCCAGGCCAGGGCCCAUCAAAGGGACAUCUGCCAGGGCCACCAUGCAGCCCCCAGCGCCCAGCGAUGGACAGAGUGGCGGGGCCUCCCAGGCUCUGCCUGCUUUCCAGGGGCGGGAGACACGGCCACCGGCCGAUACCAAAGACACCUGAGAAGCAUGAGGCUUCGGGGGUAACCCAUGGGUUUAAUUUAUUCAACUUCACCCAUUAUUUUAUUUUUUUUAAACUCCUGGGGACUUUUACUUUACUGCUUCCAUAAGUCACUACUGCCAUUCCAGGGAGGGGUUCACUACCCAGGGGGUGCCUCUGCUUGUCAUUAAAGAAGGGUAAGAAAGGCAGGCCUCUUGUAAGUCGGAGGGACCACGCCCCGGCUGCUGCUGUUUCAAGCCAAGGACUGAGCUGCUGGCGGGAGCAGGCCUGCCAUCCCCGGGGAGCACCCCCUUCCUUGAUGACGGCUGCCAUCCGAGGAAGCUGGCACCAGCCACUUCCAUGGCCCAAGGCGGGGAGGGGCCGUGGCCCUGAGUGUCCCUCUGCUGUUCCGAUGCUCACCUGGCUUUUGAUUCUUAAAAAAUAGUUUCUGAGGGGAGGAGUGUCAAUCAGUGUUGGGUGGGCCACUCUCCUCGAGGAAGGAGGGUUGUCCAGGGCCUUGGGUCUCCAGGGUGACACUGGGUUUAUCAUGUUUUAAUUGGAGGGGCGGAGCGAUGUCACCAGUUCCCCCCUUUUCUAGCCCCACAGAAGCGAGGUGUCAAGGGGCCACCUGGAUGGGUUCUCCAUAGCAUCCCACAUUGCGCCCAGCCUUUCCCGUCGCUGUUCCCGGGGGCGGGGGGGAAGCGGGCUUUUCCUCAGGAAAAGCGACUCCUCUCUUCUGGGAGCAGGGAGGGAAGGGAAUUGGCAUCAGCAGUGCCAGAGACGGCUGGUGGCUGGGUUACGGGUGGGUUUCAGUUGCCUGUGGCUGUAAAAGAAUCUUGUUGGGAAAUAUGUGGGGAGCAGGAGGGAGAAGGCCUGGCCCUGGCGGUCUCUUAUCUCAUUGGCAGGGAAUCUGUUGGUUGAGCGCCCAACAAGGGGUGGAUUUCAGAGUCUGCCCUCUUAGCUGGCAGGAUGACCAACUGCUGCAGACUCUGAAAAUAAACGUGACCUUGAACCCA